UUUUCUGGCUUUUAGACAAUGGAGAUCAAACUGGCCGUUCCCAAAUUGACAUGCUGCGCCUUCAUUGAUCUUCUACACCUCCGCAUUUGCAAGUUUUAUGAUCACGGAGAUGUCAAAGAUCAUCCCCAGAAUGUUGUCAGAUUCAGUAUUCGACAUUGUCUUCUUGCUUCUUUGUUCAUCCUUCUUCAUGGAAGGAGCUCGUGCUGGCAUUGGGGUCAACUAUGGCACAGUCGCAGACAACUUACCUCCACCUGCCCAAGUGGCCCAUUUCCUCCUCGAGUCCACCACGAUCGAUCGUAUCAGGCUCUUCGAUGCGGACCCAGACAUACUGAAAGCCUUCGCUAACACCGGCAUCGCCAUCACCGUCACCGUCCCUAAUGAUCUCAUCCCUCAGCUCGCCAAGCUGAGCAAUGCCCAAGACUGGGUGAGAACUAAUGUCGAGCCUUAUGUUCCCGCCACCGAUAUUGUCCGAAUUUUGGUGGGAAACGAAGUGCUGGCGACCGCAAACAGGUUGCUAUUAGGCAACCUGGUGAUGUCGAUGCGGAUGCUGCACGCUGCCCUUGCCAAUGCGUCACUGGACGGUAGGAUCAAGGUUUCCACGCCUCACUCCUUAGGGAUUUUGUCCAGUUCGAGCCCCCCGUCGAGCGGGAAGUUCCGGCAGGGCUACGACGUGCACAUUCUAAGGCCGCUGCUCAACUUCCUCAGGGAGACCGGCUCGCCUUUCUUGGUGAACCCGUACCCAUUUUUCGGCUUCUCCAAGGACACUCUCGAUUACGCGCUGUUCAGGCCGAAUGCAGGGGUGAUGGAUGAGAAUUCCAAACUUGUUUACACUAACAUGUUGGACGGGCAAUUGGACGCUGUCUACUCGGCGAUGAAGGUGCUGGGCUUCACCGAUAUCGAGAUCGUGAUAGCCGAAACAGGAUGGCCCUCAUUGUGUGACUCGACCCAAGUCGGCGUGGAUGCAAAGACGGCGGCAGAAUACAACAGUAAUCUCAUCCGCCAUGUAUCGUCGGGCGCCGGCACGCCCCUCAUGCCAAAACGGACAUUUGAGACCUACAUUUUUGCUCUCUUCAACGAGAAUUUGAAGCCGGGACCGACGUGCGAGAGGAACUUCGGACUCUUCAGGCCGGACAUGACCCCGGUGUAUGAUGCCGGGAUCUUGAGGCCCACGGCUAGAUCAUCGGUGCCGAUCGAUCCCAUUCCAGCCCCGAGCUCCGUGACACUGCCGACGAGUCCGGUGUCCAUGUCACCGCCCAAGGGAACACAAUGGUGCCUGCCCAAAACAGGAGCAGACCCGGAUGCUCUGCAGAGAAAUAUCGAUUAUGUAUGCGGGCUCGGGUUGGAAUGCAGACCGAUAGAAGAAGGUGGCGCGUGCUUUUUGCCUAACACGGUCCGUGCUCACGCGGCAUAUGCCAUGAAUGCGUAUUACCAAGCCAUGGGAGGAAACAACUACGAUUGCGAUUUCAAAGGGACCGGAGCUGUUACUGCCAUCGAUCCAAGCUAUGGAAAAUGCACAUAUCACGGAUGAUGGAGUUUCUCUUGCUCAUCAGAUUAGGAAGAAGAAGAAGACAGAUCGUCCAUCUUCUUUCCUUCUCCAAUUUUGGGACAACUGCAUCUCUCUUCUAGUUCCGCACUGUAGUUCUAAACUCUACAUUUCACAUUUCAUUUUUCACGGUAGAUCGAAGACAGUUAGAAAGGCAAAUGCUAAGAGUCUGCUAGCCAAAUGGAAUUGUAAUUCGUAGUCAUAAAUUUACACUUCUCGUUUCUUUUGGCAACAUGGUCUCGAGCCGCUCAACUCGAGUAGUCAUGAUGACUUUUUUUCGUGAUGUACCUCGUCAUGACAACAGCCAUCUUGGACCGGCCUCAAUACAAUGAGUAA